AUGGCGGUGGACCUUCCUUCAUACAAUGUCGACCCAGGUUCCGUAUCUGUGUCCGGACUCUCAUCUGGUGGCUUCAUGGCGGCUCAGCUUGGCAUUGCAUAUUCCGGCACUUUCCGCACCGGAUUUGGUGUCUUUGCCGGCGGCCCUUUCGACUGUGCUCGAAAUCAGCAGUACUCCAUGUGUAUGAACAACGGGAACCCUAAUAUCCAAACUCCAACGCAAAACAUGAAAACAUGGAGCGGAAGCCAGAUUGAUGAUGUAGCGAAUCUAAAGCAGCGCAAAAUAUUCAUGGAAGUCGGCACAUCAGACUUCACCGUCGGUCCAAACCCCAUGAACGCCCUGAAACAACAGUUAUCUGGCUUCUCGACGGCAGCAAACACUGCGUUUGUGUCCCGGUCUGGACAGGCACACACCUUUCCCACAGACUUUGACAGCAGUGGCAACAAUGCCUGUGGAUCUAGUUCGUCGCCAUACAUAUCCAACUGCGGCUACGAUGGCGCCGGCGCGGUUUUGAAGUGGAUGUACGGCACUCUACAAGCUCGAUCCUCUGCCGCCCAGGGAACGUUUGUCAAUUUCGCCCAGUCAGGCAAGUACGGGUCUUCUGGCAUGGGUCAGACAGGCUACCUGUACGUCCCUAAGUCCUGCCAAGACGGAUCAAAGGUCUGCAAGCUGCACGUCUCUCUCCAUGGGUGCUUGCAGACUAUUGCAGACAUCCAGAACAAGUACACGGUGAGCACCGGGUACAAUUUGUGGGCAGAUGCAAAUGACAUCUUGAUCCUGUAUCCCCAAGCCGUUCACGACUCUACACCUCGACAGGCCUGGCAAGGUUUGCUCCCCAAUCCAAACGGGUGCUGGGACUGGGUCGGUUGGUAUGGCCAGAAUGCAGACCAAAAGGGAGGCGUUCAGAUGGCUGCUAUUGUCAACCAAGUAAACCAGAUCACCAGCGGCUUCAAGCCAGGUGGUGGAGCUUGCCUACGACAACUGUCACUGUUCCCAAAGCCCCGCUCUAUGGUCAAUGUGGAGGUUUAG